CCCGCGCCGCCCGCGCCGGCCUCGCCUCAGUCCCGCGGCCAGAGCUCGGCGCGCAGCAGCUGAAAGCUCCCCGGACCCCGCGCCCCGACGCGCCCGCAGUGUCCGCCACGGCCCGGGCGGGCAUGGGGCGGCCCGGCUGAGCGCCGCACCCCGCCGCCCGCAACCCGCUGGUCCCGACACCCGGCCCCCCAGCCGCGGCCCCGGAGCGCACGGGCGAUGGCGAAGGCGACGGCCGGCGCCGCGGGGCUGCGGCUGCUGCUGCUGCUGCUGCCGCUGCUCGGCCAAGCCCCGCUGGGCCUCUACUUCUCACGGGACGCCUACUGGGAGAAGCUGUACGUGGGCCAGCCGGCCGGCAUGCCCCUGCUGUACGUGCACGCCCUGCAGGACCUCCCCGGGGAGGGCCCCGCUUUCCGCCUGGGCCCGUACCUCUACGGGGCCUUCCGCUCGCGGCUGCACGAGAACGACUGGAUCCGCAUCCAGGAGGACACGGGCCUUGUCUACCUUAACCAGAGCCUGGACCAGAGCACCUGGGAGAGGCUCAGCGUCCGCAACGGGGGCUUCCCCCUGCUCACCGUGCACCUGCAGGUCUUCCUGGCGCCCGCGGCCGCGCGCGAGGGUGAGUGCCAGUGGCCGGCCUGCGCCCGCGUCUACUUCUCCUUCAUCAACGCCUCGUUCCCCGCCUGCGAUUCCCUGCAGCCCCGGCAGCUCUGCUUCCCCGAGAGGGGCCUCUCCUUCCGCAUCCGCGAGAACCGGCCGCCCGGCACCUUCCACCAGUUCGGCCCGCUGCCGGUGCAGUUCCUCUGCCCCAACGUCAGCGCCGCCUACCGGCUCCUGGGCGGUGAGAGCCUGCCCUUCCACUGCGCCCUGGACAGCCUGGAGGUGAGCACGCGCUGGGCGCUGGACCGCGAGCAGCGCGAGAAGUACGAGCUGGUGGCGGCGUGCACGGUGCGGGCCGGCGCGCGCGAGGAGGAGGUGAUGGUGCCCUUCCCCGUGACCGUGUACGACGAGGAUGACUCGCCGCCCACCUUCCCCGGCGGCAAGGACACCGCCAGCGCCGCCGUGGAGUUCAAGCGCAAAGAGGGCACCGUGGUGGCCACACUGCGAGUCUUCGACGCAGAUGUGGUGCCAGCCUCCGGGGAGCUCCCGCGGCGGUACACCAACACGCUGCUGUCCGGGGACCCCUGGGCCCGCCAGUCCUUCCGCGUGGAGCACGUGCCCAACGAGACCCUGGCCCAGGCCAAUGGCAGCUUCGUGCGGGCCACAGUGCACGACUACAGGCUGGUCCUCAACCGGAGCCUGCCCAUCUCAGAGAGCCGCAUCCUGCAGCUGGCCGUGCUGGUCAAUGACUCGGACUUCCAGGGCCCAGGGGACGGUGUCCUCCUCCUGCACUUCAACGUGUCCGUGCUGCCCGUCAGCCUGCACUUCCCUGGCGCCUAUGCCUUUGCCGUGAGCAGGAGGGCCCGCCGCUUUGCCCAGAUUGGAAGGGUCUGCGUGGAGAACUGCCAGGAGCUCAGCGGUGUACACGUGCAGUACAGGCUGCAGCCCUCCAGCGCCAACUGCAGCGCCCUGGCCGUGGCCACCUCCACCGAGGACACCUCGGGGACCCUGUUUGUGAAUGACACGGAGGUGCUGCAGCGGCCCGAAUGCACCGAGCUCCAGUACGUGCUGACAGCCACCGACCGGCAAACCCGCAGGCAGGCCCAGGCCCAGCUGCUCGUCACGGCCGAGGGGACGUACGUGCCCGAGGACGCCGGCUGCCCCCUGUCCUGCGCCGUCAGCAAGCGGCAGCCCGAGUGCGAGGAGUGCGGUGGCCUGGGCUCUCCGACCGGCCGGUGUGAGUGGAGACAGGGCGACGGCAAAGGAAUCACCAGGAACUUCUCCACCUGCUCCCCGAGCACCAAGACCUGCCCCGACGGGCACUGCGACGCCGUGGAGAGCAAGGACGUGCACAUCUGCCCCCAGGACUGCCUCCGGGGCGGCAGCAUCGUUGGGGGUCACGAGCCGGGGGAGCGCCGGGGGAUUAAAGCCGGCUUCGGCAUCUGCAACUGCUUCCCCGAGAAGAAGAAAUGCUUCUGCGAGCCAGAAGACAGCCAGGAGGCCCUGUGCGAUGAGCUCUGCCGCACGGUGAUCGCCACGGCUGUGCUCUUCUCCUUCAUCGUCUCCGUGCUCCUCUCCACCUUCUGCAUCCACCGCUACCACAAGAACGCCCACAAGCCUCCCAUCGCCUCGGCCGAGAUGACCUUCCGCCGGCCUGCCCAGGCCUUCCCCGUCAGCUACUCCUCGGCCAGCGCCCGCCAGCCCUCUCUCGACUCCAUGGAGAACCAGGUCUCCGUGGACGCCUUCAAGAUCCCGGAGGAUCCAAAGUGGGAAUUUCCGCGGAAGAACUUGGUGCUUGGGAAGACUCUGGGAGAAGGUGAAUUUGGAAAAGUGGUCAAGGCGACCGCCUUCCGCCUCAAAGGCAAAGCGGGCUACACCACGGUGGCCGUGAAGAUGCUGAAAGAGAAUGCCUCCCCCAGCGAGCUGCGGGACCUGCUGUCCGAAUUCAACCUCCUGAAGCAGGUCAACCACCCCCACGUCAUCAAGCUGUACGGCGCCUGCAGCCAGGAUGGGCCGCUCCUGCUCAUCGUGGAGUACGCCAAGUACGGCUCCCUGCGGGGCUUCCUGCGCGAGAGCCGCAAGGUGGGGCCGGGCUACGUGGGCGGCGGGGGCGGCCGCAACUCCAGCUACCUGGACAACCCUGACGAGCGCGCGCUGACCAUGGGCGACCUCAUCUCCUUCGCCUGGCAGAUCUCCCGCGGCAUGCAGUACCUGGCCGAGAUGAAGCUCGUGCACCGAGACCUGGCCGCCAGGAACGUCCUGGUAGCCGAGGGCCGGAAGAUGAAGAUCUCGGACUUCGGCCUGUCCCGAGACGUCUACGAGGAGGAUUCCUACGUUAAGAGAAGCAAGGGUCGGAUCCCGGUCAAAUGGAUGGCGAUCGAGUCCCUCUUUGAUCACAUCUACACCACCCAGAGUGACGUGUGGUCCUUCGGUGUCCUGCUGUGGGAGAUUGUGACCCUGGGGGGCAACCCCUACCCUGGGAUCCCACCCGAGCGACUCUUCAACCUCCUGAAGACCGGCUACCGAAUGGAGCGCCCCGACAACUGCAGCGAGGAGAUGUAUGGCCUGAUGCUGCAGUGCUGGAAGCAGGAGCCAGACAAGAGGCCCGUGUUUGCCGACAUCAGCAAAGACCUGGAGAAGAUGAUGGUGAAGAGCAGAGACUACCUGGACCUGGCGGCGUCUACCCCAUCGGACUCCCUGCUGUACGAUGACGCUCUCUCCGAAGAGGAGACGCCCCUGGUGGACUGCGACAGCGCUCCCCUCCCUCGCACCCUCCCUUCCACAUGGAUUGAAAACAAACUCUAUGGCAUGUCAGCCCCGAACUGGCCUGAAGAGAGUCCUGUACCACUCACGAGAUUCGAUGGCACUAACACGGGGUGUCCGAGAUAUACCAAUGAUAGUGUAUAUGCUAACUGGAUGGUUUCACCCUCAGCGGCAAAAUUACUGGACAAGUUUGAUAGUUAACAUUUCUUUGUGAAAGGUAAUGGACUCACGAGGGGAAGAAACAUGCCAAGACGGGGAUCCACUGCCUCCUCCUCUGUGCAGUUUCAAAACCGGCUAAGCCACCAUUAAGCACCAAGGUGGCUAACUCAUUUUCAGUAGUUUGUUCCAACUGCUUUCCAAAGUGGCUCUCCUCACGGUAGCUGGUGACUUUCCCUAUUUGAAAACAUAUCAAACUGGAUCAGAGUUCUAAGUCUAGUGUUUAUUUGUUUUUAUCCAGUACCCUCCAGAAUCCAGUGUUGGUAUGUGUUUAUCACUAGCCACCGCACACUUGGCUCUCACAAGUGUUGGGUCUGCCCCUUGUGACUACCCUUUGUAUAAGAAAUUGUACCUGAACUAUUUGACUUUUCUGGUUGUCACCAAACACGGCAACAAGAUUUACACCUGAAGCACACACACGCAAAAGCAGCAGGAAAACACUGGCCCAAAGUACCUGGACUCGUUUCAGAAUCAGACCCAGCAAGAUCUUGAUAAUGUUCUAAAAAGCCUGGCUGAGGGCUGGAGAGGAAGACGGGGACCUCAAGGCAGGCCUCGUCUCAACACGUGAGAUCGUGAAAAUGUAUUUUUAAAACCCCAUCUCCUUUUCUUAGGAAGACAUUUGAUAUUUAUCAUGUUUAAAAUGAUUCUUAGAUUCAGCACAAUGGAGAGGUGCGAUAGUGUCUUUGCUGUGUGGACAUGCGGAUGUGAGGGAGGGCGGCUCCCAAGACAUGCUUGUCCGCAUCACAUCCAUGGCAGCAUCUCGUGGGUUCUGUCGAGUAGUCCCUUCCUCUCUUGAAGAGAACGAGAUGGAAGAAAGAGGGCGUUAGACUGGCGUGGACACCAGCCUGAGCAUUGCAGAGGGCAGGGACUCAGCUGUUGUAAAUCCAUCCCCCAUCAGUCAGCGUUCCUUGUUCAUCCAAAGUAGUCCCCCAAUAUAUGCCCCCCAAAUAGUCCCUCUCACACGUUAGAAGCAGGCGGGGCUUGUGCUCAGUUUAAUUUGUACCUUAUCUGCUUAGUUAUCCAAAGGACAGUUUAGCUAGGUAUCUGAGAAGUAGCGGAGGUUUGACCAAGGACUGCUACCCCCCGGGUUAUACUUUGGGUGUGGAAAAGACAAUGUUGGCUCUCAUAGAGCUGUGUGAAAAGGCCUGCAGAUCAGCCCUUCUCAUGUUUGAAAUUUGAUGCUGCUGUAGCAAGAGAUUUUUAUUUUUUGUUUCUUAGAUUCUGACCGUGACUCAUAGCUUCUUGCUGUGCUUCAGGGCUUGUUAGUUGUCACAUGCAUUCAACACGCUCCUCCAGUCUUGGGUUGGCUCUCGGGGCAUCCCCUGGCUGUCCGUCUCCACACAGCGCCCUCUUCUCUGCCUUCACGGGAAAGGGUUACCCAAACACUGCCUGGUCUUCAGAUUUAAAACACUGUGAUAGGACUUAAACUCAUUUUGUGAGAACACUGUAUUUUACAGAUAUUGCACAAAACAGUAAAAUGGUGGUAUUCCAGCUGGCCAAGAAGGCUUGGAUGACUAUGUGAUGGCGCCUCAUUGAGUGUGUGUGUGUGUGUGUGUGUGUGUGUGUGUGUGUGUGUGUGUACACCCAUCCAGAGAAAGAGGUGGGACGCACUCACUGGAGCUACGGCGUGGCUUAGGUUCGGUCAUUUUUCCAGGUACACUGUGACAAGUUCUUUUGCAAGUGUCUGCAGUCAUGGUAAAAUUUUCAGUUUUUAGAUGUACUCAAUGAUAGUCUUAUUAAAUACAGAAAUAAGGAUAAGCUCUGUCAAAUUACUAAAAAUGCCUAUUCAGUAAGUGUGAAUGAAUGUAGCUUUUUUGUUCUCGGUAGGGAUGAGAAACCCAGCAUCUAAAAGGCUGACCCAGGGAUGGGGACUUAGCCCAUGACUAAUUAUCUCGUUGUCUAUUCCUGAGUUAUAAAAACAUCCACAUUUAUCAGUCCUCUCAGACAGAAUUUUCCUUUGCAUAUAUGUUAUUAAGUAUUACAGAGUAUUACAUAGCAAUGUUAGUUAUUGAAAUUUGUAAAACAUAUUUAUGGAAGGUUAUUAAACUAUACCAUGCCGAUUUGUUUUUGUAAUCAAGGUGACUAAGAAAACAAUUUGAGUUAUGUAAAUAAAAUUAUGUAUCGUGAAAUGUGUUAAUUUAUUCUUUUUAAACUUCCUAGUUGGGACAUCAGAUUUUGAUGUGGCAACAUAAAGAUUAAAUAUCACAAAUCGGUUAUAGUAGCCACCAUGUAAUUAAUA